GAUAUGGCAAGCAUUCCAGUGGUAUCAAUGGAUGACUCCAGAGGCAGAGGCAUCAUCCCCUCCCUUGGCAUGGGCACGGCAGUCUAUCCCUUCGCUGCUUCUGAAACCAUGAAGUCAGCCGUUCUCCAUGCAAUCCAACUAGGUUACAGGCACUUCGACACCGCCUCUAUCUAUCAAUCAGAGCAGCCUCUUGGUGAAGCCAUCAAAGAAGCCCAAACCUUGGGCUUCAUCAAAUCAAGAGAUGAGCUUUUCAUCACUUCCAAACUAGCUCCUGUUGAUGCCCACCAUGACCUUGUCCUUCCAGCUCUCAAAAACACUCUCCAGAACCUUCAAUUGGAAUACCUUGAUCUCUACCUCAUCCAUUGUCCUGUAAGUCUGAAGCCAGGGAAAAAUGAACUGCCCUUUAAGAAGGAAGACCUUCUCCCUAUGGAUUUCAAGUCUGUUUGGGAAUCAAUGGAGCAGUGUCAAAAGCUCGGCCUCUCGAGAUUAAUCGGAGUCAGCAACUUCUCUUGCAAGAAGCUCCAAGAUUUACUUCUUGUCGCGAACAUCCCUCCAGCUAUCAAUCAAGUGGAGAUGAACCCACUUUGGCAGCAGAAGAAGCUGAGGGAGUUCUGCAAGGAAAAGGGAAUACAUGUUACUGCUUACUCUCCCUUAGGAGCCAAAGGAACACCUUGGGGCACUAACAGAGUUAUGGAGUGUGAGGCUCUACAAGAGAUAGCAGAGGCAAGAAGAAAGACAAUUGCUCAGGUUUGCUUGAGAUGGGUGUACGAGCAAGGGGUGAGCGUACUAGUGAAGAGCUUCAACAAGGAAAGGUUGAAGGAGAAUCUUGAGAUCUUUGAUUGGGUGCUAAGUCAAGGGGAGUUGCAGAAGAUUGAUGGUAUUACACAAAAAAGAGGGUCCCAGUUGUUAGAAUUGAGCUCAGAAGAAGGCCCUUACAAGUCCCUGAAUGAGCUUUGGGAUGGGGAGAUAGCGUAAUAAUCAGAGAGAUGAUCAUAUGGACUUGCUAUAU